AUGGGCGAUGCCACAGCACUGCCAGUGCCUCCAGCGGCGACCUCGCCUACUUGGAAAAAUCCCCUUGAUCAACCGGCCGCGUUCCAGCCACAUCGCAAGCUUAAGAUUGUGACAGUCGGAGCCGGAUUUUCUGCCCUAAUAUUUGCUCAUAAACUCCAACAUGAACAUCCAGAGUUCCAAGACCUCGUGACACACAAGAUCUUCGAAUCAAGAGAUGAUAUUGGUGGCACCUGGCUAGUGAAUCGUUAUCCAGGAGUACAAUGUGAUGUGCCUGCCCACGUCUACGCCUUUCCAUUCGAUCCGAACCCUGACUGGAGUCAUUUCUAUGCUACUGGACCGGAAAUACACGCCUAUAUCAAGCAGACAGCGAAGAAAUGGGAUCUUGAGCGAGAUAUCCACCUUAACCACAAAGUCGUUGAAGCCGUCUGGCAAGAAGACCUUGGACAGUGGAAGAUCACAGUAGAGACCGAGGGCAGAACUUUUAUUGAAUAUGCAGAUUUUCUGAUCUCGGGUCAGGGCGUGCUCAACAACUGGAAAUGGCCCAAUAUCCAAGGACUCUCCGACUUCAAGGGCUACAAAUGCCAUUCGGCGGCCUGGGACGAGACCUUUGACUGUUCUGGAAAGACUGUCGCUGUCAUUGGCAACGGGUCGUCCGGUGUGCAGAUCGUGCCCAAGGUUGCUGAUCUACCGGAUACCAAGGUGAUUAGUUUUCAAAGGAGUCCCAACUACGUCUACUCUCACGUCACCCCUUCGAAACUCCUUGGCCGGGAUGAUGGUUUGACAAACCCUGCAUACACUGAAGACGAUAAAAAGCGCUUCUGUGAAGACAAGGCAUUCCACCGCGAGUAUCGACGAAAGAUCAUUCAUAGCAGCAAUUCCAUGUUUAAAAUGUUUGUGAAAGGCUCACCCGAAAAUCGUAAAGUCUCGGAAAGCGGACGUCUUCAGAUGGCAGAAAAGUUGCACGGGGAUCCAGAGCUCUGCUCCAAGCUUAUACCAACCUGGGGAGUGGGCUGUCGUCGAAUCACCCCUGCAGAGGGGUAUCUGGAGGCAUUCUCCAAACCAAAUGUUCAAUUAGUGUUCAACACUGUCACGCGAGCGACCGAAGACUCAGUGGUUACGGCAGAUGGCCAGUCAUACAAAGUGGACGUCAUCGCCUGCGCAACCGGAUUUGACGUGUCAUGGAGACCUCAAUGGCGCAUGAUUGGGAAAAAUGGCGUCGACUUGGACCAACAAUGGAAGAUCGAUCCGAGGGCAUAUAUUUCGCUUGCAGCAGCCGAUAUGCCAAACUACUUCAUCUUCCUCGGUCCGAAUGCUGUUGCGACACAUGGAUCCUUGAUCGAAUCGAUCAACUGGACUGCAGACUAUAUUUUGAAGUGGUUGAAGAAAGUCGCCACCGAGAAUAUCAAAUCUAUCGUCCCAAAGGCACCCGUUAUUGACCAGUUGAUUGAGAAAGGUAAUAAGAUUCACGAUAAACUUGUUUGGACGGAUAGUUGUACUAGUUGGUUCAAGCGAAACACCCAGAAUGGAAGAGUCGUCGCCGGGUUUGCUGGGAGCGCCCUCUUGUUCCGCAAGUUACUACAAGAGAUUCGCCCAGAGGACUUUGAGAUCGAGUUCUGGUCAGACAACCAGUGGGAUUUUCUAGGUAAUGGGUUUACACAAUACGAACUGGAUCCAAGCAACGACUUGUCGUGGUACAUAGAGAGGUGAGAAUGGGAAUAUCUGUGGGGAGAUGUGGAACAUGGAAUUUUGUUCGAGUUUCUACAUACAUUAGUCUUGCAACAAUUGAUGGUUCUUUUA